AUGGAAAGACAAGACAUUGCCCGUUCUCAACUGAAUUAUGAAUAUAAAUUGUAUCAAUACCUUAAUCAAGGGCCAGCUGUUCUUGGUAUCCCAUCAGUAAUAUAUUGGGGAUUAUAUGGAAAUUAUAAUGUUAUGGUAAUGGAUUUAUUAGGACCAUCAUUAGAAGAUUUAUUUAAUUUUUGUGGAAGAAAAUUCACAUUAAAAACAACAUUAAUGUUAAUAGAUCAAUGCAUUAAGAGAAUUCAAUUUAUUCACUCAAAAGAUUUCAUUCAUAGAGACAUCAAACCAGACAAUUUUGUUAUGGGAAGAAAUGAAAGAUCAAAUACUGUAUAUAUAAUUGACUUUGGACUAGCAAAAAAAUAUCGAGAUGGAAGAACAAAAAAACAUAUCGAAUACAAUGAAGACAAAAAUCUUGUUGGAACUGUUCGUUAUGCAUCCAUCAAUAAUCACCUUGGAAGGGAACAGUCAAGAAGAGAUGAUAUGGAGAGUUUGGCAUAUAUGUUUAUUUAUUUUAUGAAAGGAAAUCUUCCUUGGCAAGGAAUAAAAGGAACUACUAAAAAAGAUAAAUACAUGAAAAUAUUAUUGAAAAAACAGUUAUCUAUUAAUAAUGAACUGUGUCAAGGAUUACCUCCUGAAUUUGAGAAAUUUCUUUCAAUAAGUAGAAGCCUUAAAUUUGAAGAAGAGCCUGAUUAUUUUGCAAUGAGAAAGUUAUUUUGGUCUAUUGCCAAAAGAGAAAAUAUUAAGUUUGAUGGAGAAUUUGAUUGGAUUCAUUAUAAGAAUUAA